CUUUUUUAAUUUGAUAAUUUCUCUCUCCUAUUUUUUCAGCCGAACGGGUGGUUUUCAUUACGGAACGGAAACGAGUCGCCAGUGCCAUUAGGAAGGUUUCUGAACUUGAAGUUCAGCGGAGAGAUUGAAAAUUAGGGUUUUGGGUGUCGCCCUUAAUCAACCGUCCUGCGCCACUCGCCGUCUGUGAAAUUCAAUCUGGAAUGUCGAUUAGACAGGUGCCGAUAACUAAACUAUUCAUAUAUCUGGUCUCCGCUAAGCACCUCUCGCGAACACCAGCCGCCGCCGCCGCCAGAUUCUCAAGCGCUUCAUCGACGGCGCCAUUUAUUCCGAUCUUCCAAUUGGGGAAUGGUCGCGGGUACCACGACGGGCGGCCCAGAGGGCCAUUGUGGAGAGGGAAGAAGAUGAUUGGGAAGGAGGCUCUGUUCGCGAUACAAGGCGUGAAGAGAUUCAAAGACGACGAAGAGAAGCUCGACAAGUUCGUGAAAACCCACGUGCUCCGGCUUCUGAAAAUGGACAUGAUUGCCGUGCUCAACGAACUCGAACGCCAGGAGGAGGUUUCUCUAGCAGUCAAGAUUUUUAAUGUGAUCCGGAAAGAAGACUGGUACACACCUGAUGUUUAUCUGUAUAAGGACUUGAUAAUUGCACUGGCGAGACGGAGAAAGAUGGAAGAAGCAAUGAAGUUAUGGGAGAGCAUGAGGAAAGAAGAUCUAUUUCCUGAUUCACAGACAUUUUCUGAGGUGAUUAGUGGGUUCUUGAGGGAUGGAUCUCCUGCAGACGCGAUGAAUUUGUAUGAGGAAAUGAAGAAAUCCCCAUACCCUCCAGAGCAGAUGCCUUUCAGGAUUUUGUUGAAGGGGCUUUUGCCACAUCCCCUGCUCAGGAAUAGGGUCAAACAAGACUUUGAGGAGAUUUUCCCUGAACAGCGCGUUUAUGAUCCUCCUGAAGAGAUUUUUGGAUUAAGCUGAUCAAGGUAUGCAUGUACGUAUGUAUGCUUAAUCUUGAAUCCAUUGUAUCAUUUCCUUCCAGUAAACGAAUGCAAAACUGUACUCCAGAUAAUGAUACUUGUAUGAAUUUGAACUCGCCAAAAAACCUACUUUUAUGCUCUAGAGACGAAGUAGCAACAAUAAGAGCCUGUUUGGUAGCUUGGUUUCAGCUAGUUCUACUUGUACUAGAAUAAGUAACUCAUUUAUUUUCCUCGGUAACACUCUAAUAUUUACUUGAUAGUUUAAUACCCACAAACUCAACCUGGCAUGUGCUUGUUAAUAUUCCCUGCUAACAGCUAAUUAUUAGUAAUAUCUUUACUUUUGAAAUGGGAUGACAUUAUUUUCGUUGCACUUUAAUCUUCCUUAACACACAACAAGACAGUUCGUUUAUGCAUCUACACGAUGGGGAUACAGCCUGUGGUAAUUGGGGGUAACAUAAUCUUUUGGGGUUUUAUUGUUUGUUAGGGGCUUUUUCGGAAGCAGCCUCUCGACGUAUUGGAGUAGAGGAAAGUAAUGGCAAACUUAUUCAAACCUAACCGAUGCAGUUUGUACAUUGUAGCACCCCCAGAUUCGGGAGAGAAGAGAGGGGGCGUUCCAAGUGUCUGGUUUCUACAUGGGCAAAAAAAAAACGCGUGUCAAAUCAACUGAAUAUUUGUUUGUUUCCCAACUUUUCUGCUUCUCUUGGGAGGUUUAUUUAUUAAUCAAAGUUUGUGACAAGU